AUGUCUGACGAUCCGGUACCCUUGGCAUCUCUGUCGCUCACCCACGUCCACUAUGACCCGUCCGACCCCAUAUCGUACCUGUGCGCGUGGCUGGCCCUGAUCCCGCAGGGGCUCUGCGUCGUGUACGCGACGCUGAUCUGGUCGACGCGCGAGAUCGAGAUCGCGCUCCUGUUCGCCGGGCAGCUGGCCUGCGAGGCCCUCAACUUCGCGCUCAAGCGGCUGAUCAAGGAGGAGCGCCCGCGCCGCAUGAACGGCAAGGGCUACGGCAUGCCCAGCAGCCACGCCCAGUUCGUCGCCUACUUCGCCGUCUCGAUAGCCCUGUUCCUGCUCCUCAGACACCAGCCCCCGAGCCCGAGGGUCCGGAAGCGCAACCACACGCCCAUGAGCUUGCUCGAGCGGACCGCGUGGAGCGCGCUGGGGUUAGGCAUGGCCGCUGCGGUCGCGUGGAGCAGGGUAUAUCUGAACUACCACACCGAGAAACAAGUGUUCGUGGGCGCGGCCGCCGGAGUGGUGAGCGCUGUGGGUUGGUUUAUCAUCACGACCAUCGUACGGCGGUCGGGCUGGUUAGCGUGGGCGUUGGACACUCCUAUAGCCAAGUUCUUUCGCGUGAGGGACCUUGUCGUAGAGGAAGAUCUAUGCCAGGCUGGCUGGGAGAAAUGGGAUGAUAAGAUGACGGCGCAGAAAGUUAAGCGGAAAGAUAAAUAA